CUAACAGUUCUCGGAGACUCCUCUCACUUGACUCUUUCCUCCUCAGGAAGCCAAGUAAAGGGAAGAAAGCAAGAGCUUCUGCAAGCACCGAGGGCUAGAGCCGAUGGCCUCUGGUUGCCACUAGAAUCCUUUCAGGCUGGAGGAGGAGAUCACAGGAUGAAUGCCACAGUCAUACUGCUCCCUGAUGCCCUUCUCUGCACUGUGUAAUGGUGAAUCCUUCUGCUGGCCAAGAAUAGAAUGAGUCACCCCGGAAUGGAAGAAUGAUGAAUCACCGCACGGUUAGGCCCCCUUCAUGAAUUCCAGCAAGAACGUGGAUUUGAAGAUAAUUAUCAUAGGAGCACUGGGGGUGGGGAAAACCUCCCUCCUGCACCAGUUCGUGCACAAGACAUUCCAUGAAGAUUAUCGGACUACUCUGGGAGCCAGUAUCCUAUCUAAGCACAUCAUGGUGGACAACACCCCCCUAAAACUGCAGAUCUGGGACACCGGGGGUCAGGAGCGGUUCCGGUCCAUGGUGUCGACGUUCUAUAAGGGCUCGGAUGGCUGUAUGCUGGCCUUCGACGUCACAGACCUGGAGUCCUUCGAGUCCUUGGAUGAUUGGAGAGAGGACUUCCUGGAGAAGAUAAUCCCCACAGAGCAGGGCUUCCCCCUGGUGGUGCUGGGAAAUAAAAUCGACUUAAAUGAACGGCAGGUGUCCAAGGAGACAGCUUCAUUCUGGUGCAAAGAAAAGGACAUCCCGUAUUUUGAAGUCAGUGCCAAGAACGAUAUCAACGUAGUGCAGGCCUUUGAGACGCUCGCAAGGCAGGCCCUGUCGAGGUACCAAGAGAUGCUCGAGAACUAUUUAACAGACUCCAUCAAGCUCACUCCUGACGACCAGCCCAAGAAGAAAUGCUGCUGAAUGAGACAUUUGGAGACAGCUGACAUCAUGUCUCUGAGUCCUCGCUCGGCACCGAAAUCGCUGAACCGACUCCAUUCACUUCCGGUUUUGUGUUCAGCCACAGGAGAUGACCACAGUGAUCUGGUUCCACAUUGCACAGCCAAGCUGACAAAUCUCGUGACAUUUACCGAGUGCAGAGAAGAGACCGACCUUUUCUCUAAAUGCCUAGAUUGGACUAACGCAGCCAGGUGCAGUCGGGACCCUUGUUGCUUCAUUAACCUUCUAACCACGCAUUUCAAAGCCUUGCACCAGCCUUCUAAACCUGGCUCUGUGCAGUCAGUGCUGAGUCCAGGUGGCCCAGCUACCUUCCCAGGGCUGUGGCUGGCUCAGUGACCUCACUCACCUGCUAUCUCUCUGCUCUAGUUACACCUGUUGACACGCAGGCAGGUCACAGUGGAUUAGUGGCUCACCCUCUGGCACUUGACCAGGCAUUCCCAACACACGCCUGAAUUGACAGUGCUAGGCAAGGCAGGGCUGUGCUGUCACUGCCCUGCAGGCUGGGCCUCCCUAGAGAAUGUAAUCUCAGUCCCCGCUGUUUGAACGCAAAACAGAGACAUUUGUUCGCCAGAUACCCAGUGUUUAAACUAACACCUUCACAGUCUGCACUUGAUAUUAAACAGGCGUAAGCUACUUAUCCCCAAGGGAGGGAAGGCUGGAUGGUCUAGUGCUCAAAGCACAGGCCUGAGAGCCCGGAGCUUCUACAUUCUAAUCCCAGCACUGACACACAUUGCCCUAGGCAUAACCUUUCUGUGCCUUAGUUUCUCCCCACCUGUAAAAUGGUAGGGGGGGCGUGAUAACUCUCCCUCACCCAGAGAUGAGGUUGGUUGUAAAGCACUUUGACAAUGAGCUGGGCUGUGUUGUUUUAUUGGCAGGGUGUUUUUUAAAGGAAUACUUUUAAAGGGAGGCAGUGGGGCCUACUGGCUAGAGCACUAGACUGGGUCA